GCAUCAAAAUGUAUGGCGAAUGGGUAUCAUUGUCCGCACAUAUAACCGCAAACAGUUGUGCGGCCCAAAGUUGCAGUGUUCUAAAUAAAUUUCCAGCCAGCUCGGGUCGUGAAGUGACUGUAUCGGUGGUUAAACAAUUGGCCACAAACUUGGGUAUUACUCAGAAUGCCGAACCAAGUCAUUUGGUUAAAGAUGAAGAGGUCAAUUGGUGUAUGGAUGUAAUAUGUUUUGGCCUCUCACUACCCCUGCAGGAGCAUGAAACAAUCAAAGAUUGUGUCAACAUCUAUUGUGAAUGGAUGACUGCGUUGCAUCCGCAACCUAAAAUAAGUGUACCCAAACCAAUAUGUGAAGAUGCUAAUAUGUAUUGUCGUAAAAUUAUAAAUCAUUUUCAUAAUUUGUUUGUGCCUCGCCAGGGUGAAAGUGUUGAUACAAUGAGUCGUCAAGCGGUGUUGUGUCAUCGUGUCCUGCGAACACUUCAACAAACUGCACAAAUAUCCCAAACUAUGGAUAGAGAGACAUGGGAAUCAUUAUUGCUCUUCCUCUUGGCAAUAAAUGAGACAUUGCUGGCACCACCCACAAUUAAAGAUGAUGUUGGCGAUCAAUUGUGUGAGAGGCUGUUGCAAGUCCUAUUCGAAGUAUGGUUAUUGGCAUGUGUACGUUGUUUCCCCUCACCAUCGUUGUGGAAAACCCUACAAGAGUCGUGUGCAAUGUGGCGACAUCGUGUGGCUUUGGUCGACCAAUGGAAUCGUGUGAAUAUGGCAUUAACAGCAAGGCUGUUGGAAUUCACCUAUGGUCCAGCAUUUCCGGAAUUGAAAAUUUCUGACGAAGAUGCCCAAUUAAUUCCCCUGGGAAUGACCAAUGAUUGUGUGGCCCAAACAUGGUAUCGUUUCUUACGUACCAUUGGUAAUCCCAUAGCAUUAUGUUCACCACACAUUAUAAGUAAAUCAUCACAUUUUGUACAAUGGGCUCUGACGCACGAUAAAGGUGCCGAAACCUAUCAACAUCCCUGCCUGCAAGCACUUCCUUUGAUAUUCCUUAAAGCCAUAAAGGGUAUAUCAAAUCAAGUUGAUGCUUUCUUAGCUUUACCCUCCUUGGGUUUGGAACCCAGACCUCCAUUGGCUGCCACCCGACCUAAAUGUAACAGCAUCUUACAUCUGUUCGGUGAAUGGUUGUUUGAAGCGGCCCACAUUGGGGGUGAUGCUUGGCUAAUGAAUACCAAAAAACAAGCCAGUGAGGCCAGUAAACGCCCCUCCUCGAUGAUUAUGGAAACUCGUAAGGGUAGCAUUUCUUUGUCACAACCAAAUUCCCUUAACGACCCCUCAAGCCUGCCGCCCACAUUGACUAUCGAUAAAUAUGAAUCGGGUCGGGCUGAAGCCAUUGGCACCCUGUGUAAAAUAUUUUGUGCUAAAAAAACUGGUGAAGAAAUCCUCCCCGUUUAUUUGGCCCGAUUCUAUAUGGCCCUGCAGCAAUGUUUGAAAAUUACCGAAACUAAAGAAUGUGAUGAAACAUUGGCCAGUAUUCUAUUAAAUUCCGCCGAUCUAUUUCGUUUAGAUUUAGAUGGUGUACAUGUACUGUUGCCCUCAUUUAUUGCAGCAUUGGAAAUUGUCCUGCCCGCAAAAGAUUUGAAAAUUAAAAAUCAAUCAAUGCAAUUUAAUAAAACCGAUUUGCGGCGUUCCGCCAUACAAAUUUUACUAUCGAUUUUGACACUACCAUUGCAUUUUCAAACACUGCCCAUACGUGAUUUAACCAAUGAGACUUCGGAGAGGAUUACAACAUUUUUACAAUUGAAACCCCGUCUAAUAAAUAUUUUAAUGAAUGCCCUACAAGUGGAAACGGAUGCACAAAAUACCCACAUGUUAUUAGGUGGCCUAUUACUAACGGUACAAGAUGCUGUUACCUUUGAAGAAACUGAAAGUCUGGGAGAUCAUUCGAAUCUUCAUGGUGGUUCACCUUCGCCUGGUCAUGGUAAUGCUGAAUCGAAUAUUCUUAGCUCGGCUUGUUCUGAACGAUCUGCUUCAAUAGCUAGUGUUGGCAAUUCUAGUUUAGGUGCACACAGUACUGCUACCAUAGGUAAUUCUGUUGCCGCUGGUUCAACAGCAGCUGAUUCGUAUCAUGGUUCGGGUACAUUAAAUGCCCGUGAUAAUUCAUCGCAACAUGAAUAUCCGAGUUUGACGAUAUUCGAUGAUUUGCCAUUGGAUGUUUUGCACGAAUAUGAAACAGCUACUAGUUAUGAUAAUGCCCAUGCACUAUUUGUUCGCGCCACAUAUUUGGUAUGUCACCGCUUGAUUUCAUCAUGGAGAACGGAUUUGAAUGUUUCCCUGGCGGCAUUGGAGCUACUUUCGGGUUUGGCUCGUCUCUUUAUACGUGAUACAGACGCCUUGGAAUGUAAACGCGCCGUCAAAUGGAUUUGUGAUUAUAUCUGCUAUCAGUGUUCGAGACCGCCACAGGCACACAGCAAAGAUUUGCACAGCACCAUUGUUGCGGCAUUCCAAUGCACAUCGGCCUGGUUGAUGCAACAUCCCUACUUGUUGCAGGAUAAAGAUUGUCUACAGACCGUAUUAGAGGUGGUUGAAUUGGGUAUAUCGGGUACCAAGAGUAUUGGUAAACCUGGUGAUAUACCGAAAUUUAAAGAUGAAAAAGAAUUGAAACCAGCUUCUAUGCGUGUUCGUGAUGCUGCCGAGGCACUGCUGACAAUUAUUCUGGAACAAGUUGGUUAUUUUCCAAGUGAAUGUGGCCCGGAGUCGAUAUCAUCGCUAUUGGAUGAGGUAGCAUUGAUGAAACAUUGCAAUUCAUUGGAUUCGUCAAAUGGUUCUUCGAUAACCACCGAACAGGCAAUAUCGAAAUUUAAAUAUUUUGUAACGGAAAAUUCCACGAUUUUGGCACUGCUGGAAGAACCAUUGGGUAAUGAUCAGGAUCCACAGCCAACGGUGACAUUACUGAUCCGUGGCCCCUUCGGUCGCCAUGCCUGGACCAUGCAAUUGCGACAUUUGCCACGCAGCAAAUCUGGCACUAAAUACCAUGCCGUUAAUCCUGGUCGGCCGAUACCAAUGAACGAAGUACCGCAACGUAUUGAAUUCGAUCAGAAGCAUUUCCCCGAAGGUGUGGAAAAGGUGACUCCCUGUGUUGCUGAUUUUUCAAUCCCUACCUUCGAACAGAUACGCGAACAAUAUGGUUCGGAAAGUAUUAAACAAUUGGAAACGAUGUUGGAAAAUCAAACUAUACAUGAAAAAUUGGCAUGGGCUGAGACAGACAAUAGUUCCGAUUCUUUGUCACAUGCCCAGGAGAGUAUACCACCACCGGUGUGUCAUGAAUUUCAGGCGGCUCGUUUAUUUUUAUCGCAUUUCGGCUUUUUGACAUUCGAGGAGCGAAAUCCAAAUAGUCCUGCUGAGUCAUUGGGAGCUCCACCACAAAGGCCCCUUAUUGUUUUGGACACGAAGAGAUCGAAUUUUGCAGCGGAAUUAAAUUCUUUGGAUAAGCUAAGUGCGAGGACUUAUGAUACGGUACAUGUAUUCUAUGUGAAGGCGGGACAGACCACGGCGGAAGAAAUUGUUGGCAAUAUGAGUGAGGAAAAUGUUCGCAGCUUGGAUCCGCAUUUUGGUAAUAUGUUAAUGACUUUGGGCUGGCCUGUUGAUAUUAACGAACAUUCCGGCUGGUCUGGUUUGGUUAGCACCUCGUGGUUUUUGAAAUCGAAUUCAAACAAAACUGAGGACAAAUCACAAAAUCGCUCAGCGGGUCCAAUGGAUUUCAAAUUCAAUGGUGAAUCUAAGGUAUUAUAUUGGGCAGAUGUCUCCUCGGAAAUUGCUUUUGUGGUCCCAACAGAAUGGAAUUUGCGAUCCGAAGUUGAUGGCUGCUGUCAAUCAUCAACAAGUGGUGAUACUACCAAUGUUUGGUCUCGGGCAUCAGUUGAUGUUGGCAAUGUGGUUGAUGCUAAUAAAAAUUCUGCACAACGUUCACGUAAUCUUUCAUUGGAAUUGGAUAAAUCCAAGGAUCCGGUACCACCAACACGACGCAAGGCAAAUGCCAUGAAACCGGGUCUGUUGGCACAACCACCGGCUAAGAUUUUCCUCGUUUGGUUGGAGUCAUUUGAAGAUGUUUUGAAUUUCCCCAUUGAGGAAUUGCUGCCCUAUACCAAAACCGGGGAGGAAUCAAAUAUUCUCCAACUGCCUAGAGCUGCAGAUGUCCAUGUGAUUUUCAUUCAUGCCCUACAAUCGGGACUGCUGAGAGUAAAAUUACAAGGUCCCCCGGGACGCAUGAGUUUUGCCACACCCCUGGUAGAUGGUAUGGUAUUAAGUCGUCGUGUUGUUGGCAAUCUUGUACGGCAGACUGCCCACAAUAUGGCCAAGAGAAGGCGACUGGAUAAUGAUAAUUUCCAACCACCCCAUGUUCGUCGCCGCCUAAAGGUUCAAGAUAUUGUACAAAAAUACAAAAUGGAUUUGUCCGAACCGGAGCUGUUGGCUCAUCUCUUUAAAUCAUCUUUUUGAAUACAG